ACCGAAGGAUAAGGUCGUCAUUAACUGAGAAUUUAGCAGGCACGAAAGUCACAGACACUAGAAACAAAACCCCGCCUUUUUAAAUAUUUUCCUAAUCAGGGGAUAGUGUAGUGAUUCUUUAGCGGUUUACAAAAACGCGGGUGCAGUAGGCUGCGCCAAAACAGCUGGGGAAACGGAUGAUGAUAUUUUCCUAAGGUUUAUCUUUAUAUAUUCUGGGGUUUUUUGGCUGGGAAUUUUUACGGGAGUAGAAUUUAACGGAGAUGGGGAAGUCAUUUAAGGAUUCUCUUAAAGCUCUUGAAGCAGAUAUUCAGCUCGCAAAUACUCUGGCUUUGAGUUAUCCAAGGGAAAUUGAUGGAGCAUGCCUUCAAAUGCGGCUCUCUUAUGCUCCAGCUGCACAUAUCUUCCUUUUUCUUGUUCAGUGGUUUGAUUGUCAGCUUGCUGGCGCUCUUGGCUUGCUUCGAAUUCUCGUAUCUAUGGCAUAUGCAGAUGGCAGACCUGCUAUGUCUAGUUAUGAAAGGAAAGCAAGCAUCAGAGAAUUUUAUGGUAUAAUUUUUCCUUCUUUAUUGCAACUUCAAAGAGGGAUUACAGAUUUGGAAGACAACAAACAGAAAAAGAUAUGUUCAGUUAAGUACUCAAGAAGGGAUGAAAUGGAUCGUGGAAAAAUAUCUGAAAUUGAUCUAGAAAGAGAAAAGGAAUGUGGAAUUUGCAUGGAAAUCAAUGGCAAGGUUGUGUUGCCUUAUUGCGGCCACUCUUUGUGCCUAAGGUGUUAUCGUGAUUGGCGUCGCCGCUCUCAGUCCUGUCCCUUUUGCCGGACCACUCUCAAACGAGUGAAUUCAAGUGACAUCUGGAUCUGCACUGAUAGCAGUGAAAUUGUUGAUUUAUCUGUGAUUCUGGAAGAGAAUUUGCAGAGGCUGUUUAUGUUCAUUGAAAAGUUGCCCCUUCUUCUUCCAGAUUCAUUGUUAAACCAACACAAUUUCGCUAUUAGGUGACUCGGUUUCAUUUUCUGUACAUCAAAUCGUUGUUCUAUAAAGUUCAAUCCAUUUACCUUGGA